AUAGAUACAUGACGAUCGAAAAAAAAAGACGAAGCAAAAUUACGCUGCUUUCAUCAUCAUCAUCAUCAUCAUCAUCAUCAUCAUCAAUCUCUCUCCUCUCAAUGAAUUCGAAAUUCCCGCCAUAUCUCCGCUGUCAACGGUCCAAUUUGGCGCCAAAGCAGCUCCAUUCCCUCACUCCCACUCCAGGAUUCCUGAUCCUGAAGGGACUGUGAGUUAUCACCCGAGGGACCAAUACUUCUAUAAAAGGCAUUUUGGAUAUACAAUGUGAAAAUCAUAAUUUGGAAAGGACGAGAUAACUUGACAAAGUGGGGGAGUAUUAGUUGCUGCUGAAGUCACUGGGUCUGUACAAUUGUUGUGAUUGCUACAGUCCAGAUGCUUGAUGAUGGCAACAUUGUUUCAAGUGCAGAUGGAUUACAAAGUUCAUGUUGUGAGGGAUUUUAAGAAUGUCUAUGUCAAGUUAGUUCUUUCAGUGGAAGGCUGUAUGAUCAUAUGCACCCGCAACUCCUAAUACAGAUUUUGGUUGCAUAUCAAAUCAUGAAAACUGAUUUGCACUUAAGGUUGGUGCUGCUAUGGAGUGAGCACAGCAUGGAAAGAUGCCUGAUGGUAACAUUGUUUCAAGUGGAGAGGGAUUACAAAGUUUGCAAAUGAAUAGAGUCCAUGGUGUUAGGCAUUUUAAGCCUAUGAAAGUCCUUUCAGGUGGAAGAUGGAAAGCUCUAUGAUCAUAUGCACCUGCAACUCCCAAUAUACAUUUUUGUUGCAUAUCAAACCAUGAAAACUGGUUUACACUUAAUUUGGUGCUGCUAUGGAGUUAGCACAGCAUGGAAAGGUUAGAUCUAUGAUCAUCUUUUAGUGUCCAAAUGUGAGUAAAGUAGAGAUUACUCUUGCUGAAUGGAUUAGGGUAUGUAGGGAUACAUAAAAACUGAUUUUUUUCUUAACAACUCAGGUUUAACUUCCCAGUGGUAUUCCUAGUGUCCAUUUGAUAUAGCAACUGAGUAUUAUUGUUUUUAUUAUAAAAAGAAAAAAACAUCUUGUUGGAUUAUGUGAAUCUCCUUGCCUCGAGAGAUUUCUAUUGAUCAUUAUAUAUUGGGUUAUAAAGGGUCAGUCCUAAUUGUGUUAGGAAACCGGACAACAAUAGGAAAUGUUUACAUAAUAAAUAUUCUAAACUCGUGAAGAGAAUUAUUUACAUAUAUUCUCUAUCACAUCUGGAAUACAUUAUCUGCACAAUUGGUGAGAGGAUUAAGGAGAUCCUAUUGAUUACUAUGAGCAUUAACACCAAUAUGUUUACUCUCAAGAGUUGGCCUCCAAAGAAUGUAUCGAGUAUACCUUUUCUCUAUUGUAUAAAAAGGUGUUUGGACAUUGGCCAAAAACAAUAUCACAAGCAACAAAUGAGUUGUUAGAUGUACCUUGUUAAGUGGUAAGGAUGUCUACAAGUGGACUAAAAGGUCCACUCACUCUUGUAUUUACCUUCUCUAGACCUCCCCUUACUUUAUUAAAAUUACUCAAAAUGGCCUUUAAAGAACAAAUUUCACUUAAAAGUGCUUAUUAUAAUGGAUUUCAGAGAUAAAUCUAUCAUUACUACGUACUGCAUAGGUAUCUAUCGCAGGGCCGAAUUUUGGCAUGUGCAUAAAGGUAUACAAUACAGGGCCACAUUUUCUAGGGGCUCAAUAUUGAGGUUAAGCCCAACUAAAUUUUUAUUAAUAUUUUUCUCAAUUACAACGAAUACGCCUUUAUCUCCGUGCUAUUACUAAUACCUCUUUCCCAAAAGUUCCCAAGUCACGCAUCUACCUAUAAUACGGACCUCACUUUGUUAUAAGAACAGGGCCACAAGAAUAAAAAACGGCCUUGAUCUAUUUAGACUAAGUGAUACUUCUAGCAGAUAGUUGGCAUUUGAUUGUGGAAGUGUUGACAACCACACUUAGCUUUUUAAUCCUUGGGGGACUAGAUAAGGUCAUAGCCUAAUCCUUGUCAUAAUAAACUCAUAUUAUUAUUAUGUACAAUAUCAUAAUACCAGGCUUCUUUAAUUUUGGUCAUAAGUUGCUUGGAAAUGCCCAUACCCAUAGUAAAUUGCUCACCUGUGAUUUUUUAUUCUUACACAAAUCAAAGGCCUUUUUUCUUUAUGGUUUCAGGGGAUAUAUGACAAUAAUAUAAUGAUAAAUAGUAAUUACAACAACAACAACAAUACAACUGAACCGAAAAUAAGCUCGAAAGAACAGGGCCUGAGUGUCUAACUUAAUUAUUUUAUAUACAAUUGUUAUAAGUGUAGCAUAAUAUAUCAAAGUGUAUAUGUCCUUGUCGUAGUGUCAAAGAUACGAUUCAGGUACUUGAGGAGAAAUGAAGAAUCGGAAUAAGGCUUUUAGUUCAGUUCAGUUAAUUUUCCUCUCACAAUUCUCAUUCAGUUCAUUUCAUUUCAGUCCAGUUAAUUUUCCUCUCACAAUUCUCAUUCAGUUCAUUUCAUUUCAGUUCAGUUUCUCUCAGUCCAAAAAAUAUAUGAGUUACUUUAAUUUCUUACUCUUAUUAUAUUGGUACCAAAAUAAGCAAGAUUCUGUCAGUAUCUCAAACUUGCAAGCUAUAUAUAGUGCUACGUUGGUAUCUAGCUUGAUGGUAAUGUCUUGGAGUAGAAGCGAAGACUUAUGUUCAAAUCCCACCAACAUUACGGACCAUUGUGGUUCUCUCUCCACUAAAAAGUUUAGUGUUAUGUUAUUAUAGGACAGGUAACUCUGUAAUGGGAAGUGGAGGGUUGGUCCUGUUUCUUUAUCUACUAUAGGCAUUUAAUAUCUAUGACUUGGAGUGGAUAGGUGUUAGGUCUCUAUCUUUGACUUUUAUUCAACUAAAUGUAGACUUUAACUCUGUAUGGGGGGUGGGAGGGGGGUGUUCAGUGUCCUCCUUGUGUGUCUAAGUUGUAAGUUGACUUUACCUAUUUAAUUACUAUUCUAAUAAGUCUUAUUGUUUGUAUUACCUUUUCCUGAUCCAAUUUUCCCUACUUACCUUUCCGAAAAGGUGAUCUGGGUAUGGUGUAGUUCAUUUCCCAUUUAGUUUUGCUUCACAUACUGUAGUCUGCUUGUAUUAGCUCAAUGUUUAUUUAAGUUUGCAGUCCCUGCAUUUCAUUUUUAUAUGCAUGAUCUGUCCUUGAAGAUAAUAAAUUUUUUUUGAUUAUCAUUCUGAAUUUGAGUAGGUAAAUCUUUUUGCAGCCUUCUUUCCUUUUUGUGUUAGCUAUGGGAAAGUGGGAUUUCAUUCACAUAAAAUGCCCUCCAUGUUUGCUUGUUUUUCUUGCAUUAUUCCAACCUUGUAUGGCUGCAAUUCAACAAAGUGGCACCAUACUACCUGGAUUUAUAGCCUCUCAAAUGGGUUAUAUUGAUAAAAAUGGGCUGUUUCUCCUAUCGAAUGACAGUACAUUUGCAUUUGGAUUCAAACCUAUUCCAAAUGAUGUCACCUUGUUCUCAUUAGUGAUCAUUCACCAAGAUACCUCCACAGUUGUGUGGACCGCAAACAGAGCCUCCCCAGUUGCAAAUGCUGAUAAAUUUGUGUUUGACACUAAUGGUAGUGUGUCCCUCCAAAGCAGUGGGAAGGCGGUUUGGGAGGCUGAUACUGGUGGAAAACUGGUUUCUGCAAUUGAAUUGCAGGAUUCUGGGAACUUGGUGUUGUAUGGAAGUGAUAAUAGCACCAUCAUUUGGGAGAGUUUUAGGUAUCCUACCAAUACCCUUCUUUCGAAUCAAGAUUUCGUGCAAGGGAUGAAGUUGUCAAGUGAUCCUGAUCCUGCAAGGGGUAACUUGACAUAUGUGUUGGAGACAAAAUCAGGUGAUAUGAUUCUCACUUCUGGCUACAAGACUACAACGCCCCAGAUAUAUUGGUCUAUGAGAAAGGACACUAGGAAGAUCAUUAACAAAGAUGGCAAAGUGAUUAGUUUAGCCAGGAUUGAGUCGAAUUCAUGGAAGAUUUAUGAUGAGAGCAAAGCUUUGCUAUGGCAAUAUGUGCUCUCUUCUAAUACCAACGCUCAGAAUUCAACUUGGGUUGCAAUUUUACAGAGUGAUGGGUUUUUGGCCAUGUACGACCUCAAAAACGGGCGAUCAAAAGUGGUAUAUUCGAUGAGGAUACCGAGGGGACCAUGUGGAACACCUGUGGCUUGUGAGGCGUAUUUGGCUUGUUCAAGUAGCAGAUGCGGGUGCCCUUCAGGAUUAGUCUCCCGGUCUUGUAAUAUAAGCAUCAUGAAUCCAUGUGGAAAUACGAAUGAGAGCUUUGAUCUUGUGAAUGCAGGAGAUGGACUCAACUAUUUUGCUCUUAAGUUUGCUAAGCCAUCCAUGAAAACUACUAAUUUGAGUGCAUGCCGGACUUCCUGUGCUUCCAAUUGCACAUGCCGUGGUUUGAUCUUUGAUAAAACGUCACACAACUGUUUUUUCCUAGAUUGGAUUGGAAGCUUUAUCUCUGAUCCCACGUCCAAAUUCUCCGUCUAUGUUAAAGUAAGUUCGAAGAAUGGAAUUGUUGUUAAAGAUGGAGAAAAAAGUGGGGGAAGCAAUAGCAAAAAGCACUUGUUUAUUAUCAUGAGUACAUUAUUAGUGAGUUUAUUCAUUUUUGUUAUGAUUUAUGGAGGAUACAUAUAUUACAUCAAAAAGAAAGAAUUUCCUCUUGAGAUAACCUCAGAAGAUGAUGAUGAAACUUUCUUUCUGGCAUUAUCAGGUAUGCCAGUAAGAUAUACCUACAAGUUUCUGCAAGAAGCAACCCACAACUUCUCUUUGAAGCUCGGGCAAGGAGGUUUUGGGUCAGUUUACCAAGGCGAGCUUCCAGAUGGAACUCUACUUGCUGUCAAGAAACUCGAAGGUGUUGGUCAGGGGAAAAAGGAGUUCCGAGCUGAAGUUAGUAUCAUAGGCAGCAUCCACCACAUCCAUCUCGUCAAACUGAAGGGUUUUUGUGCUGAAGGGACUCACCGACUUCUAGCUUAUGAAUUCAUGCCAAACAAUUCUUUAGACAAAUGGAUCUUCAGCAAGGGUAAUAAUUCCAGUGCGUUUGAUUGGCCAACAAGGUUCAAUAUUGCGUUGGGUACUGCUAAGGGUCUAGCAUAUCUUCAUGAGGAUUGUGAAGUGAAGAUUGUUCAUUGUGACAUAAAGCCUGAGAAUGUACUUCUUGAUGAAAACUUUGAGGCAAAAGUAUCAGAUUUUGGGUUAGCCAAAUUGAUGACGAGGGAGCAAAGCCAUGUUUUCACCACACUUCGAGGCACACGUGGGUAUCUCGCGCCUGAAUGGAUAACAAACCACGCAAUCUCAGAAAAGAGCGAUGUUUUUAGCUACGGGAUGGUUUUGCUUGAGAUUAUUGGAGGAAGGAAAAAUUAUGAUCCUACAGUUUCCUCCGAAAAAUCCCAUUUUCCGGCCUAUGCUUUUAAGAUGAUGGAGGAAGGGAAGAUAAGAGAAAUCCUCGAUUCGAGCCUAAAAUAUGGCCCAAAUGAUGAGAGUGUAAACAGAGCAAUUAAGGUUGCAUUGUGGUGUGUACAAGAAGACAUGUCAAUGAGACCACCUAUGACUACAGUUGUUCAAAUGCUUGAAGGGAUCUUCCCUGUUCCACAUCCUCCACCGUCCUCCUUGAAAGGUGCAGGAUCCUCUCCGAACUUCUGUACAUUGUCGAUCAACAAAGACGCGAGGAGUGGGCAUUCAUCUGUACUGUCGGCUGCCCAGCUCUCAGGGCCAAGGUAGCUGAUGCACAUACAAGUAUUAGCCAUAAACUUAAUAAUUUAGUUAAGCGUUUUAAUUUUAGUUAUAUCUUCCUGUAUAGAUUAUGCUUAUGAAGUACAUGAUGAUUAAGCAACAACUUGUUCUAUUAUGAUACUUCAAAACUAAUGAAAUUAUUGUUUGUCA